CCGUGAUGAACAAUGUAAUCAAGUGUGACGCGGAUCAAAGAUAAUACAGACAAGAUGAAGCUUUUAUCACUGCUAUUUACGAUCGCUACGUGUUGCGGCAUUUGGAAUGUUCUUGCCGAGAGCGACAAUUGUACGCGGACUGAUGCCCGAUGUGAUUAUAAAUUAAGCGUACGGAAGUUGUCAGACACGCUAGCCAGUAAAUUUAGUGAAAUUGUGAAAGAGCUUGGCAGCGAGUACACCGCGCACUUCGAAAUACGGACAGCGUACAAAGUAAGCCGCUAUCAGACCUCAGACAGCGAUAUUCUCACCAGUAUCGUCGACAAACUAAGCUUCAAACUAUUUUCAGCUACUAACAUUCUCAAAGACAUGAACAGUGUUAUAAACGACAACAGCACUCCGUCCUUUACUCAUCCUUGUCCAUUCAACUCUAUUCGUAAGUCAGUAUUCAUUAAAAGUUCCAAUAUUUAUAACAAUUUACCUGCCCUUGAUACUAAAUCCAAAAUGUUGGAUCGUUUCAAAGACUUGAAAAUUAAACGCCAAUAUUUUCUAUCGCAUAUGGAUUAUGCGACUGACAGAGACUGUGCCGCUAUGCCUCACUCAAAUUUAAGGUAUUUGUACCACAAAGUAGUGCACCCUGAACCUAAACUUGUGGUGUUUAUUAUUGACAAUUUAAUGAAGGCAGAUUCACUACAGCAUGCUGUCAAUGUAGCCAAGGAGACAGUGUAUGCGCUACAGAGCACUGAUGUGAUGGCUUUAAAGAUGACUAAUACAACUGACUUUGUAAAGUUUGAAGAUGCUUGCAGUGAUGAUGGAAUAUCUGACCUUGGGAAUGCUACAGAUAACAAUAAGUUACUAUUAAGAGAGUAUUUAUCGAGCUUAGAGAUGGCAUCCAUAAAUUUAUCACCUACAGCAAUUAAUAAGGAGUUAAAGAUUCUUCUCAAUCAAAACAACCUGCCUAAAAGCAAACUGUUUAUAUUCCUGACUGACACAAAAGUGUUGAAGAAUGAAACUUGGCUCAAAAUGUUCCCCUAUUCAGAUGAUGUUGGUACUAAAUUUGCUAUUGGACUGAUUUAUGAGAACCAGGUUGACAAAAACAGCUCUCUUGGCAUUCUACACAUUGACAAAUGGCACAAUCAUUCAAAUAACCACUCUAUUAUGAGGCUACACAUUAAUGACAGUGGUGUUAUAGGCCAAGUAGCUUCAGCAUUUAUUUCAUUGCUACCAGUGAAAUAUGAAAACAAGAAAGUAAAAGUGGAAGGACCAGUUUGGGAAGCUACAGAAAGGGACUUCAUGGUAUCUUUAGUCCUUCCUACUUAUACUGGAGUACUUGGUCUAGAUCUUUACUGGUCAGAUCUUGCAGAAGAUAUCAUCUAUUUUAAGGGCACAAACCAGAAAAAAAGAGCGUUUGUUAUGGACUUCACUGGUAAAGUCAUAAUGCACACAUUUUUUCCUAGACCUGAAUCCGCCUCUGAAAAAAUCAAGUUUACAAAUUUGGAAUAUAUUGAAGCGUAUGAUUUUAUCUUUAGCGUUAAGCAAGAAAUGAUUUCUAACAGUUUUGGUAAUAUGACAAUGAUUGACAAGAACACUACAAAGUCAAUUAUUUAUUCUUGGAAAUGGGUUAGUGAUUUGUACAUUGUUUGUAUUGUUUCUGAGUUUUAUGAACAGAACAUGUUUAAUAAGACUAACAUAUUUUUCACAAGAAGUAAUAAGGAAAUACUGUUCCAUCGAUUAGAUUUAUUUCCCCCUAAGAAUGGAAAGAUGUGUAGACAUUUUAAGCAGGUAGCUACUAUCGAUCAGGGUACUGUGUAUUUAAGUCCCUCUAGCUUUCAAUCUCCUUUCACCUAUCUGUAUGACAUGGGGGAUGGUGAAGAAGCUGUCACUUACAUGCAGAAUUACUUGGCAUAUUUGAAAAGUGUUGCUCAUGGUCUCCUGUCGAAUCCGGGUCUGAAAAACGAAAUUCAGCAAGAUGUUGGCUUCCUUAAUUCUAUUUUGUCAUUUUAUAAACGCCAGCAUCUACAUGGCAUAUAUUCGAAGUAUAUUGUAAGAAGAUAUGCAGUCACAGAAAGCGGAGUGCUAGUAAUGUUCCCGGGCACAGUACUUGAAUACGAUUAUGAGCCUGUCAGAAGACCGUGGUACACAGGUGCUUUAGAAUAUUCAGGGAAAAUUAUCUUGACUCCACCCAAUUUAGAUGUGGGUGGCGCAGGAUACAUUGUCACUAUUUCAUAUGCUGUAAAGAGUCCUUUCUAUCCUACAAUGGUAGUAGCCAUGGAUGUCACCAUGGGUUUUCUUUAUAAAUUACUCAUUGACAGCAUGCCAUUAUGUGCCAUGUCUUAUGUUAAAUGUUUUAUUAUGAACAACAGAGGCUACUUAGUUUCUCAUCCUGGUUUGAUGGAUCCAAAUAGUUCAGGUCCCAUUGAGCAGCAGCAUAUCACUCAUAAGGAGUCUAUGAUCGCCAUUGACAUGUUGAAUCAUAAAGGUUUUGUAACCAAGAGGUUGUGUAACAAUUUUUACGAUAAAACUAUUCAGCGGUUUUAUGAAUUCAAUACAUCUUUGCCUAACGUGCUCUCUAACGUCGUUUCGGGCGAUCAUUGCGUCCAUUAUUAUAUUGCUGCUGUUCCUGGUACAAAUGCUUUCGUUGGUCUCGUGAACGCGUCGUGUAGCGUCGGCGCUUUCUGCCCUUGUAGCAUGGUCGACCGUCUUUGCCUCAACUGUAACCGUAUGGAACAGACAGAAUGCGAAUGUCCAUGCGAGUGCAGCUCCGAGCCGUACGAAUGUCCUAAUGUUAAUGUAUCACGUUUUAAUCAGGACAUUCCUCUGUGUGGUAUGAUGCCAGAAAACAAUAAUCACAAGUCACAUUACUUUCAUAAUUUUGCAGAAAACUUAAAGUCAUGUUUCGAUUUUCAAUGCGAGACCUACUUGACGCACUCGUCAUGUUUGGGAGUUCUUGGUUGUGAAUGGUGUCAAAUUGACACUGAUGGUAGGACUCCGUUAUCUGCGCCUUUUUGCACUUCCCAACCGACCUGUUUCAAUGGCGUUUUGGGCGCUGUUACUCCUUACGGGGAAGGAACUUUUGGGCACCUUAACAGGGAUCCUUUCGGUAAUUAUUCGGCAAUUGGACCCAUAGCUGGUUGUAUAGUAACUGUUAGUUUAGUGAUAGCCGUAGCGAUAUAUUGUUAUAGACAAAACGUAAGUUCUGCUAGCUGUCACAAUCUGUACGUCGAUGGUCCAGCUGAGACUUGGCACGAUGCAGAUGUACAAAUGAGUCAUUUACAAUCAGAUGACAUGCACGAUCAAUCAGGGCAGGAUAAACUUUUGCCGGCUAUGGAGAUUGAAGCUCCUAUUUCGCCGUACAGAGUGGUGACAGGCUAUAGGCGGCCUCAUACGGCGGGCGGUUCGGAUCAUGGCUAUUCCACCAUGACUCCUCACGAAGACUCUGAAGCCACUGGUUUUUCCGUAAACGAUCCUACAGUCUUGUCUGACGAUACUAAAUCAGACGUCAGCUGUCCUUUACCUGCUAAAAUUAAGCCUAGAUUAAAAGCGGGCGACCUUAAUAUGACUGUCCUGCCUUGCGGCAAGAACAGCAUAAUUGCACCAGUGACGGUUCAUAGACAUAUGGAAGCUUCUUAAUACUAAGUUAGAUAAAUCUACCUCUAGUGUAUAUGUAAUGUUUAAAUAUGAGUUUAAUAUACUACUAGCUUAAUUGUUGUGAUAUGAAUAUUUGCCAAUAUUUAGGAUUGUAAGUACUUACAUAAUAUACGUAUUUAAUUAGCAAAACUAUUAAUUUUAAUAAUUCAAACAAUUUACUUAAUGUUUGGUGCUCUUCCUUUUGUAUACCUCUUUUAAAGUUUUAUAAUAUUUUAUUCAUCAAUUGUAAAUUAUCUUGAGUUUUAGAAUAUUUAAUGACAGUGCAAGUUGUUUCAUACUAACAUUAUUUUAUGUUGUGAAUUUAAUGUACCUUGUUGAAAAUAAUCCAGUGUAAGUAUAACGCGAUCAAUGCAAUACAGGUCUAUUAUAAGUAAGUUUGUAACUGUAUGUACUAGUUGACUAUAUAAUGUCACACAUAUUGUAAGAUAAAAUCAAUUUUUGAUAAAAAUGUGCCUGUA